UUGUGUACAGUUGCGAACCGGGCGUGAGAGGAGGAGGUGGAGGAGGAGUAGAGAAAUACAUAUAAAAAAUCAUGAACCGAAAAAGCCUGCUGCCGUGGGAAGUGCAUGUUAUCAUGUACAGCCUCGAAAAUGGCGUUUUAAAUUCCUCGCAUUCAGAGCAGCGGACAGCCGUACCGUCAAGUCACGGCGGUUAGGGGGAAGACGGUACUUUCUCCUCGCCGUAUCUUGGUUGAGAGAAGAAAAAGGAAAAAAACCCAAACAAAAACAGAAAACAAUGUGGUUGACUCCCGAGGAAGUUUUGCUGAAAAAUGCGCUGAAGCUUUGGGUGACAGAGAAGUCGAACAAUUUCUUCCUUUUGCAGCGCAGAAGAGGUCAUGGGGAGUCGGCGGGGAAAAUCUCAGGUCUCCUGGUGGGGGCGCUGGACACGGUGCUGGACUCCAAUGCCAGGGUCACUCCCUUUCGUAUCCUCCUCCAGGUCCCUGGGUCCCAGAUCAGCUGGGUCAUCGCCAGCGGGGCUGCCAUAGAGGAGGUGAACAAGCACUGGGACUGGCUGGUCCACAACCUCCUUCACUCCUUGUCUGUGUUUGAGAACAAGGAGGAUGUUGCCAGCUUUGUCAAAGGCAAAGUCAAGGGUCUGAUAGCAGAGGAGACACGUGGUCGCCAGGCAGCCCAGGAAAACGACCCAGAGAAGUUCAGGGAGGUGCUGCUGAAGUUCGAGUUGCAUUUUGGCCUUCCGCCGUCGGAGAAGCUGGUGACCCACUACUCAUGCUGCUGCUGGAAGGGCCGCGUGCCACGCCAGGGCUUCCUCUACCUCAGCAUCAACCACAUGGCCUUCUACUCCUUCCUGCUUGGGAAGGAAGUCAAGUUUGUGAUCCCCUGGGCGGAGGUAACACGGUUGGAGCGGGUCUCGGCGGGUCUGAUGACAGAGGUCAUCCGCGUUUGCACACGGCAACGCCAGCGGGAUUUCUCUAUGUUCCUGAACCUGGAUGAGGCCUUCGGGGUCAUAGGUCAGCUGGCUGACAUCGCCCUCCGCCGGCUGCUGGACAGCGAAGGGCUGGAGCUCGACCGGAUUCUGCAGCAGCCAACCCGCAUCACCAAGAGGGUUUUAGAGGAGCAGGCGCUGAGGGAGUACGUCCUCGCUCUGUUCCGGCUGCCCCGCGGCGAGAGGCUCCACGAGGUGGCUUCCUGCUCGGUGUGGACGCCGCACGCCCGCUGUCACACGGCGGGAACGCUCUACACCACAGACAGCUACCUGUGUUUCUCCAGCCGAGAAGAGGGCAACUGCACCCUACUCAUACCCCUCUCAGAGGUGUUGUCCAUAGAAAAAGCUGAGAGCACCAGUCUCCUGGCCAACCCGGUCAUAGUGAGCGUGCGCAGCAAAAAAGCUUUCCAGCUGAUCGAGCUGCAGGACAGAGACGACCUGGUGGAAAGCCUCAACUCCCGCCUCCGAGCCCUGCAGUGGAAGUGCUCCAUGUUUCGAAGCAAACCGCAUGGCAAGAGGGCUGUCAGCUGUCCAGCACCCUACUACACCUUCUACUAUGACACAAUGUACUCAGAUGGAGACGAGAUAGAGGAGCAGGUUCUGCGUAACACGGUCAACACCGAGGCUCUGAUGACGGCCUUCAGCCAAAGCCUGCCUGGAUCCGAUGACCAUGACAGCAAGAGUAUGGAGCACGUGAAGGAGAGGCUCUGGGAGGAACAUUUCUCAGAGUAUGGACGGGGCGUCCACAUGUUUCGCACAGACAAAAUCCAAAAACUGGUGGCCAUGGGCAUCCCUGAGUCACUACGAGGGGAGCUUUGGAUGACUUUCUCUGAUGCAUGCUCUGAGCUGGUCGCUCACGAGGGUUAUUAUGCGAAUCUUGUCCAGAAGUCAAUGGGGCAGAGCAGCCUGGCGACAGAGGAGAUUGAGAGGGACCUCCACCGGUCUCUGCCGGACCAUCCUGCCUUCCAAAACCCCACGGGCAUCGCUGCGCUCAGACGGGUCCUCACCGCAUACGCUCAUCGCAACCCCAAGAUCGGAUACUGCCAGUCUAUGAAUAUCCUUGCAUCAGUGCUGCUGCUGUACGCUAAAGAGGAAGAGGCUUUCUGGCUGCUGGUGGCUGUGUGUGAGAGGAUGCUGCCUGACUACUUCAACCGCAGAGUCAUAGGUGCCCAGGUAGACCAGUCGGUGUUCGAGGAGCUCAUCCGGGAGCGUUUGCCCGAUCUGGCCGAGCACUUUGCCGACCUCUCGCCUCUCUCCUCCGUGUCCCUCUCCUGGUUCCUCACUCUCUUCCUCAGCGUGAUGCCUUUCCACAGUGCCGUGUGCGUGGUUGACUGCUUCUUCUUCUGCGGGAUCAAAGCCAUCUUCCAGCUGGGGCUGGCCGUGCUGGAUGCCAACGCCACGCAGCUUUAUGCCAGUGCAGAUGAUGGACAGGCACUCAUGAUUCUCACGAGUUUUCUUGACCAGGUGCGGCGUGAUGAGCCCUCCUCUCCACCUUCCUCUCCACCUACAGAAGAGGAGACCAGCAGCAGUGCCUCUGUGGGCCAUAGAUACAUCACCGAGCUCAUAAAUGACUCCUACGAGAAAUUUGGAGACCUGAGCGUGAGGCAGUUGGAGAGGCUGCGUUGUAGACACAGGAUCCAGGUGCUGCAGGCACACGAAGACACCACGAAAGAGAAUGCUCUGAGGGUCGUGACCCCUGAUGUGUCCAUCUCUCCUGAGGACCUCGCCGAUGUCUACGAGCUCUUCAAGACGGAGCACUUCAUCAACCUCUACUGGGGGGACGGGGGCACAGUGCAGCACCAUGACCCGGGUCGGCCUUACCUGGAGCAGUACCGGGUCGACCGGGCCCAAUUCAAGAGCCUGUAUGUGCUGCUGACACCGUGGCUGUGCGGGGCUAUCCACACGGACACCGUGGCCAACAGGACCUUCACCCUACUGGAUCAGGACCGGGACAACCUGAUCACCUUCAGGGAGUUUGCCUGCUGGCUGGAUACCUUCUACUGUGAGGAGCUGAAUGAGAAGAUACAGCUCCUCUAUCGUCUUCACAUACCGCCAGCUCUGACGGAGAGUGAAGAUGACUCCUCUCUGAUGAAGAGCCCCCUGCUAUCCACCACCAGACCCCUUUUUGUGGAUUUACCCUCUGGUGUUGAAGUGGAGGUGAAGGACUACCAGGAGCAGCUGAAACAGAUGUUGAAGGACUUGGUCAAAGAGAAGCAGAAAGAUGUGGAGAAACCUCCUCCACCGAUGAACCAGCGCGAGUUCAUCCAGUUCUGUAAAACACUCUAUAGCAUGUUUCAUGGCAACCCUGAGGAGAACGACCUCUUCCAGGCCAUCGCCAAGGUAACCAGCCUGGUGCUGCAGAUCGGCGAGGCUGGCCACCGCGGCCACUGCUUGGCGUCGGAGGUCGGCGGACAGGAAGAGACGGAGUCUACACAGGAAGUGGCUGAAGGCAACAGUGAAGUGCAUGCCAUCUUCGGUGCUGAAGGCGGCGAUGAUUGGGAUAAUGAGACUCGGUGUGGUAGCAAUUCGAGGUCAGAGAACGAGUGGACGGUCAGCUACUCUCAGAUACUGGCCUCUCUGUUGACAGAGCAGGCGCUGGUGAACUUCUUCGAGAAGCCAGUGGACCUAUCGGCGAAAAUCACAGAGGCAAAGGAGAAACAGUAUCACCAACGGGCUGGUUUGUUAAUGCUCCAGCACGGGAUAAGCUGAUAUCAUUGUGAUCAAUAGACUCAGAGCUACAAAACAUGCUAAUUUUCUGCUGGGAGGAAACAGUAAAUUGUAUCAGUUGGGAAAAUUACAGGACAUGACACUGAGCCUCAGUAGUUCUACACAAGUUGAUUGGCAGCGAUACAAAUGCUAGACAGGAAGACAAGUCCCUAAAGAGGUCGCCUUGCUAUCCUGUGUGUAGUGGAGCGUUGAUCCAUGUGAAUAUACCGAGCUUGAAGUGCUGCAACUUUGAAUAAAAGACCGGGUGAUUUCUCCUUCACUAGCCAGGGUAUGUGUACACCCAGCUGUCAGCCAUGUUUCAGCAAUUGAUGUGGAUGAACUACGAGUUCAAACAUCCAUUCAUGUGAGCUGCACUUAAGAUGCAUCUGUACACCUGUGUUUGGAAACAGGAGGAAGGGGAGGGAUGAUGGAUUACUGAGGUGAGAUUUGUGUCAAAUUUUAACCCAUUAUGACUUAACAGAAAUGAAAAAUGAAAAUCCUUCUUUUAUUUUGUAUCUGAUGGGUGUCAGAUGAGAAAUAUUAGACUGGGGAUAAGACUGUAGACCGUGACCUUAAUACUCUUUGGUGAUGCCAAUCAGAAUGUGACUGAACCUAGUAAUUAUUAAAAUAACAGAGGGCUGGAGAGGAAUCUUAACCAAUACACAGGACCUGAUGGGAUUAUCCCAUUGUGCUGUUAAAUCAGUGUGAGCUCCUACAGUACGUAGAGCUUCGGUUUAGAUAUUAGAGGAAAAGUGAUUUGGGCGAGAGUAUAAAAAUGGGAUUCUUUACUGUUGCUAGAAUGUACACAACAACACUUUGCUGUCUUUUCCUUGUUCAACCAAGUCUGUCCAGAGAUGAGACCAAACCUCCAUGUGAAUCCUUGGUUGGACAUCAUGAGGUGAUUUUCACGGUCUGAAAAAAUAGGGACACCUGUUGUCUGAUAAUGGCAUCAGACGUGAAAUUAAAACUUAUUUAGUUACUUGGAAUUUCAGGACCAGGGAAAUUUUGGGACCAUACAUAAAACCAUGAUACUUUUUUUAAACUACUAGACAAUGAAAUAAAUGCAGGCAGUUAACUUGUUUUGUAAUGUAGCCCCUCAAUUUGUUGACAGAAAUCAACAUGAAUGUCUAGUCUGGGCUGAGCGUAAUGCUCCUGGAUCAGAGAUUUAAAUGAAUACCUCCAACAAACGCAACCUCACACUGAGUCAAACAGCAACAUGUCCGUACAUAGUAACACACAGAAUAUCAGCAUAAGCAAAACCAUCUGUGUUUAAGGAAGAUUACUGAUCUUGCAUCAGUCACAAAAUAUGUAAACAUCAUCAUGACUAUAACCCAUUUGUGUCAGAUUAGCAUUCCCACCUCAUUUUCCUGUGUGCUUUAAUACCAACAUUAACUUUUUGGAUGAAAGUUUCCUACUUUUAAAGAUAAAGAAAGCCACUUCCUAGAUUCACAUAGAGCUUUCUUCUUUCAACAAAGCAUAUAUUCUUCUUCCUGUGCACGUUGUGCUGCAUCUGUACUGGGCCUUAUUAGUGUGGUACCCCAUGAGCACUUUGUUGUACUUAACUAUGUGUACGGAACAAUAUCUGCCUGCCAUCCUGUUGGGUUGUGUGUUUACAAUGGGCAUGAUCCCGCUGUGCCCAUACCAUGCCUAACCCACACUGGCCCUGUGAGGACUAUGGGAUGCUGUCUACGCUAUUAUGGUGUUUCCAAUGAACUAUGUGUUGGAUGCUUAUUACCGGUGUAGUAACGAUGCCGUCCCCAUUGGCACCGUUUGAAAACGGGCCGGUAUCGCACUCCGAAUGUUUGGGUGCCUUAUCAAUGUGCCUCUUUCCUAACUGAACCAAAUAGAAGUGCCAACCAAGCACGCUGGACAAAACAAAAACGUCAGAUUAUGUGACCUUUCCACUAAAACACUGUGUUUCAGUCAGGAAACGGCGGUUUACAUAAGUUUAAGUUGAGGCAUAAAGUUGAAGAUGGUUAAGGUUAGGUAUUGGGUUGGAGACAGGUGGUAAUAGAUGUAGGUUUGGUGUGAUUAAGAUUAGGAUUAGCAUC